AUCAAUAUGUUAAUUAUGAUUGGUGGUACUUCAGCAAAAGAUGCAAUAAAAAGAGCGUUGCAGAAAUUAUUUACAAAUACUCUUGCUUCCAAAUGCUCUUGGACUGGUGCUAAACAAAAUUUUAAAUUGAAAGAUUUAAAAAUUAUUGCUUGCUUGAAAAAUUCUAUAAAGAAAACUUGUCCCACAAUUACAGAAGCUGAAUUUGAAGAAAUUUUUAAAACUUGGUUUAGACAAGCAAAUCUGCGACUAAUUCGUGAAAAUGCCAAAAAUUAUAACGCUAUAAACAAUAAUAAUUAUAACAAUAAUAAUAACAAUAACGACAAUAACAAGGAAUAA